AUGAAUACACCACGUGCUCGAUAUACUAUUGUGCCUGCUUCACGUCCCGCUUCAAUUCCCCCUGUGCACUCGUAUCCCCGUCUGCCCCUGCCAUCCUAUUAUCAUCACGGAAAUAUGCUGAGACGCCCCCCUGCGAUAGCACCUGAAGUGUGGGAUAGCUGGCCAGACAGCUUGAAGAGAACGAUCGCAGAAACCCCAGAAGUGUAUAUGGCCCCAGCUAACUCGAAUAUUGAUCCAGCACUUCUCAGUAGCUCGAACAGUUCCUCGGCCCCAAGGCAUACUCCUCGCGAUGCAAAUAGAGAUGGUCCACAUGAGCCGAUGCUAUUUGCGAACCCAUCUGCUGCAAAUAACGGUGCACGAAGGCUUACAAAUAGCAGUGAUACACGUCUACCUGAGCAUCGUCGACACAGGAGAGGUGCUGUGUCCAGCUCUCGACGAUCAUGGGGAAGGCAUCAGCGUUCAUCUUCACCCAGUGACAACAAUCGUGAGCGGGAGGGAAGGCAUAGGGCAAGAAGUCCUGUGCAUAAUCACCGGAGGAGUUCAUCAUCUCCAUCCACCAGCCGUUCAUCAUCCCGAAACAACCGUCACUCUCGUCGUGCGUCGUCGCCAGCCACAAGGCACUCGACUCCAGCAAACAUGGAAGAUCUUGCUGCCAUCCUGUGUGAGAUGCGUGAAAAUCAGGAUGAGCACUAUAAGCAAACAGAUGAACGACUUGCACAGCUUGAAGGGAAUGUACCUUCACACCAGACCUCCACUCGUGGCCGCAUAGUCCAAAGUCGGGGGGCAUCAUUGGUUGCUCGGAGGCGCAGGCGAAGAGGUGCUGGUGCUGAGGUUGAUGGUGUGGAAUCACGGGCAGGUGAAUUCGAUCAUGAUGCGGAAGACGUCACGGGGGCUCGUGGUAGCCUCUCUACCGCUGCCCGGGAAGCACGAGGGCACCUAAAGCACUUGGUUACCGCCAAGUUCCGCCAUGUCUGUGAUGUUUCCGACGGGAAAAAAUGGCCAAGUCUCGAGGUUGAACGAAAGAAUGACAUGACAGGCGAGGUGUACCUGACACCAAAUUUUGAGGCGACCGUGAACGACGACCAUAAUCGAGUGAUCUUCAAAAAGAUCGCGCAUCUUGUCUGGGAGGAACUUGGAAGUACAACCCUUAGCGAUUCCCUGAGCAACCGCAAGGUCAAAUGGAAUAAGCAAUCGUUGUUCACGUUUGCUAAAGACACGUACCGUGGAUUCAAGGAGGAGUGGAAAGCGCAGAAUGACCGCGAGAAGGCCGCAGCUAAAAACAACAACCAGCAAAAGAAUCGCUGGAGUCAGCGUCGUAAAGAGAAAGCCGACCGGUUGACAACAGCAUGUCCGAAAUACCUCGAACUUCAUGGCGUGGAUCCCAUCAACAUCAUCCACGCGGAUCAUAUGUCAGACGAGGCCUCUGGACCUGAAGAUGAUGGUGAAUCAGUUGACGAGUAG